UAUAAUUUGAUUCUUGUCGGCAUUAACUGUUCUCAAUGGAGCCACACUAAUUGACUAGUUGCCCAUGGUUUGCUUGCAGCAACACCAUCUCCUAUUUAGUGCUUUUGCUAUAAGGUGUCAUAUCAGAUAGCUAGAUGUCUCAAUCAGGUCUCCAAUCUUAAGUUUAUAUAUUUUUGUAAAUGAGGUAGGGCAAAUAUGUUCUCUGGAACGUACAGCCUUACAAGUUUGGCCAAUAUCAAAUGAAGUCCACAUAACGAUAGAGGACAGACCAAACCAUGUGAAUUGUCUUAAGAGGACAGCUCCAUUCACUUCUUUAAUAGAGAAUUUAACUCAUAGCCUUUUUCAUAUAUAUAAACUCACUUGGUUUCACAAGCAACACAAGUCUCACAUUCUUCACCAUUUUAUCCACUUCUAUAGUUCUGCAAUUUCUUUGAAAUCUUUUUCUUAUUCUUCCUCUAGACAAAUAAAAAAACCAUGGGUUUCCAUUUGCGCGGAAAGAAAAAUCAUCGACACUCAACAAUGAACCGGGAUGCUUCAAAAGCCAACAUUAUUCCGAAGGGCUAUUUUGCGGUCUAUGUUGGGGAAAGUCAAAGGAAGCGGUUUGUGAUUCCGAUAUCAUACUUGAACGAGCCUUCAUUCCAAGACUUGCUAAGUCAGGCUGAAGAGGAAUUUGGAUAUGAUCAUCCUAUGGGUGGAAUCACAAUCCCUUGCAGUGAAGACAGAUUCCUUCGCCUCAUUUCUAGCUCCAGUGGAUGAGAUCAUGAGAGUGGAUGCUAACGUUUUGACAUCAAGGACAGCUGCAAGAUAACUUCUUGACAUCAAUUUUUUGCCGAAAAGGAGGUUCUUUUUGCUGAAGUGGAGGAGAAGCGGAGGUUAACAAUAUGGACUUGAGUACAGCUACGUAGCAGAUAUUCAGAAGGAUAUGCCUACCAUUACCAAUGUAUCUGAAAUUUCGGAUUUUCUGGUCCAUAUUUUUUUUACCCGGAACUCACUAAUCAGAAAGAGCUGGGAUUAUGAGCCAACCAUGAUUGUAUAAGAGACACAGCAACUGUAGUAAACUUCAUCUUAAUCAGACUGAUUGAAUUUUUCUUCCCUUUCCA